AUGUCCCCUCCCCAGUCUGCCAUCCCAGGGUUCUACUACGCAGUUUUUGGCUUCUACGAGCCGUUCCUGACGCUGCUGGGCCUCAUGGGUACUAUCGUCGAUCCGAAAAGGACGCACGACGCGCAGGCUCCAUGGCCGAAUGGGAUGCCACCAUCAAGUCCGCUCCCUCAAGCGACACUCGUCACUCUUUUCCAGCUUGCGCACGUAUGCGCCCUUAUCGGGCUCAUAAACGUCUUCGUCCUUUCCGCUGCUCGCAAACACCUCUACUCUCAACCAGCGCUGCAGGAGAAGAUCGUUGGCGCGCUACUCACCCCUUUACUAUGUGGCGAUGUGCUGCAUCUAUAUGUGACGCUAUGGGCUCUCGGUCCCGAGCGAUGGAACGUACAGGAGUGGGGUGCUGUCCUGUGGUCGACGCUGUUAACAGGCCUGACGCUGAUUGUACCGAGGAUUGCGUGGCAUCUGGGUAUUGGGAGAUACGUGGAUAAGAGGGACGGGCAUUUUAAGGGACAUAUUGAGAAGAGAUUCUAG